UUUUUGUUUACAAAAGUUAUGCACUUCCGACAUUACUGACGCGAGCUGGCGAGAGGAAGUUUGUUUUCUUCGUUUUCUUGUUGUCAUAUCAUAGCAGUAUAAUAUCUUUAUUGAUAUCUAGGAUAAUUAUCCCAAUCAGUUUGGGUGGAAAUCAGGAUUAAUUAGUCUAUUUUUGAGGUUAAGUAAUCGUCUCGGCUUAUAUACAUUUCUGAUGGCUACCAUGAGCCUUAAUGCCUAUUUGGGCCAGGUUUCGUCAGCAUGGGGCCGGCGGCGCGGCCCGCAGGCGGCCGAACUGCUCUCCCUGCGUCACCCUCACGUGAUGUCGAGCCGCCUGCAGCUGGAGCACCCCGAGGACCAUGUGCAGGACGUCCUGGACUCGCCGCUGGACGAGCUGGUGGCCGCUCACCUCAGAUGUGUGUGGGCGGUGUCCAACAACGACUACAGUGAGGCGCACCGCUGCCAGAGCGCGGUCGUCUCCUGCUUCGCCAAGGUGUUUGUGACGCACAAGGACGACAACUGGGCGCUGCCGGUCAUGAACACCAUCUGUCUCGACCUCAGGCGGGUGGCGGCGGCGGCGGACGCCGAGCGAACCAGGGCCGGCCAGGGCCACCCGGGAGAGGUACUGGAGAAGGCCGCAGAGGGGCUGAUGAGCUGCUUCCGUGUCUGCGCCGGAGACACGCGAGCAGAGAUGGACGAGACGAAGCGGUGGGGCAUGCUGAACCUGGUCAACCAACUGUUCAAGAUCUACUUUCGCGUCAACAAGCUGCACCUGUGCAAGCCGCUGAUCCGCGCCAUCGAGUCGCUGCCGUUCAAGACGGAGUUCUCGCUGAGCCAGCUGGUGACGUACCGCUACUACACCGGCAGGAAGGCCAUGUUCGACUGCGACUACAAGGCAGCCGAGGAGGCGCUGCACUUUGCGUUUCUGCGCUGCCACAAGGACUGCCAGAAGAACAAGCGGCUUAUUCUUAUCUACCUCAUCCCCGUCAAAAUGCUGCUGGGUCACAUGCCCCAGGAGAGUUUGCUGGUCAAAUACAACCUGCUGCAGUUCAGCGAGGUGGUCAAGGCCGUCACCGAGGGUAACCCGCGCCGGCUCUCCGCCGCUAUGGCCGCCCACCAGGCGUUCUUCAUCAAGUGCGGCAUCUACCUGAUCCUGGAGAAACUGCGCACCAUCACAUACAGGAACCUCUUCAAAAAAGUGUUCCUACUGACGGGCUCCGUGCAGAUCGACAUCUCCAAGUUCCAGGCGGCGCUGCUGGCUACCGGCGCCGACGCCGACAUUGACGCCGACGAGACUGCCUGCAUCCUGGCUAACCUCAUCUACGAGGGCCGCAUGAAGGGCUACAUCAGCCACGCCCACCAGAAGCUGGUGCUCAGCAAAAAGGAACCGUUCCCGGCACUGAGCGCUGGUGUCGCCGUCUCGUGAGCGUCGGGCAGCUCCGUCUCGUGAGUGGUGAGUGCUGAGUGGUGCCGUUCCGUGAUAGCACGGGGUUGGUGCUGUGCUGUGGGUGGCUCGGCGACUGUGAAAGAUGGAAGGGUGCGUGGGUCUGUAGGACAGUGGGUGUCAUUGAAGGGGUCGUAGGAUGGCGUGCCUCCCCUGUCUUGAGCGGUAUGACUAAUGACUAUGCCUCGUCCCGGCCGAACCUUGUGCCUAAGAUGAAGGGCGAGUGUAGGGUGUGAGAGGAGGUGGACUGAACUGAUGCAUUACAUCAGUUCCACGGGAUGAUGUUCAGUGUUCACCACUGUCCCUGUGAUGUCGCUGUGACGUAUCUCCUCAUUAACGUCACGUUCAUGGGUUUAUGUGAUGUGGCCAUAUUGCCCAGCUAACGACACUUCAGUAGCUGUGCGUACAGACUGGUGUCACACAUUCAUUGUAUUAUGCCUCACUGUGUUCGUUGACAACUGUGCGAAAACUGGAGCGACAUACAUCACAUCAUUACAUUGCCAAGUGUAAUACAUCAUCAAUCACCUUCA